GCUACACGUUUGUUAACUUGGUGAAUGCGACAACAAGUAUUUAAGUUAAAAAGGUUAUACGCUUAGUGUUUCAUCAUAUUAGUCUUGGUAAACACUCAGACGAUCUCUGUGACACAGACGGAGACGGGCUGCGUAUCACAGAAACUAAUAGCGAAGGGACGUAAUCCUUCUGAUUGGACUAUUACGUGACGGAGUUAGUUACCUUAACAAACGAAGUGCUCAUUAUGUUCACCACAAACGCGCAUAAUGAUGCCCAAGGGUUCCGCAUAUUUUACUACGCAGAAUGGCCGAGUAACAUCACGUACACACGUGAUAACGGCCAACUGGCGUCCCGAAGAUGGCCGGCGCACUACACACCGGAUACCUCGUGCAGAUGGUCCUUGGUUGCGCCACCUGGCGCCCCGCGUUUGGCUGAAAUUCACCACAAUUGAACUAGAAGACCACAUGGCGUCAAACUGCAGAACUGCAUACGACAAAGUGGACAUUUACGACACUGAUUAUACGACAUUAACGUUAGUACGAACGCUUUGUGGUAAUAAGCAUGUAAAGCAUUCAAUUACGUCGCAAGGAAAUAAUCUGACAUUAGUUUUCACUUCCGAUUCAAGAGUGCAAGCCAAGAGAUUCCAUGCAUCGUAUACGUUCAUAUACGCAACAUCAUCAUCUACAACAACAAAAACAGCAACAACUCCUUUGCAUGUACAGCCAACUGUACCUCUGUUACAAAGCGCCUCUACCGCAGCAAGCAUUACCCAUGCUACCUCUUAUAUACCCGAAAUAUCAAGUAAUACGAAUACAGGUGAUUAUAUUGGUCGCGGCUUUAUACCGGAAGUUGUGCCCGACGCUGACAAGAAAGGCCCUGACGUUCGCGCAGUCAUCCUUGGAGUGAUUGCUGCCCUGGUUUCCAUGCUUAUUGUAAUAGUACUGACUUUGGCACUCGUCUGUAGACCCUACAGAUCACGACAACCGAAGCAUCGUCUAGGAUCAAACCUGCAGAAUCUUGAAAAAAAUAUGUCCCUUUGUCGAGACAGGCAUGAAGACACAAUGAGAUUCAAGGACAAGGACGACAUUAAUGACGCCGCACGUUUGCCGUUGCCAUGUGACCCGGAUCCUGUGCAAGAUGUGGAAUUCCUCAACCCUAUGUACCCCCCACCAACCAAGGGUCGCCACUCCAGAAUCGUGCGGACAAACGGAAGUCAAAGCAACAUUCCAUUCGCACUCAGUUGCACACAAUCAAGGCGUAGAUAGUCCUCAGUUUUCACAAUGCCCGCAAAGCGAAUGCAUCGUCGACGGUAAUUCCGCUGUAACAAUUAGUCAUAUAAAUUCGCAAAAAGACAGCGUGGUUGUUUUCCGUAAUGGAUUAACUCGUGACCAAAUAAGUGUCGUAGAAAACGGGAACGGUAUAUGCUGUGAUUUAAGUACCCGAAAUUGCGGACGCGAAGAAGGUGUGAUUGUAUGCGAACAUUCUGUUAUCACUACUGCAAAUCUAAAUACAGCGGGUAUUCCGGGUAAUAAUCAUGAUGGAAAUUCCUCAAUGUUGUCCGAAGAAUCGGUCCUUAAAAUAAAUGGACAACAUAGUUCAAGACAGCUGGCAUUUAUUGAUUGCUUUACGAGAGUGUAACCGUUGGGCACAUUGAUGAAAACAGAGUAAUAAUGAGUUCAUUUAUUUAUUGUAUGUGCGUUUCGUAAAUUGUAUUUACCGUUGUUUGAAUGAUACGACUGUAUAAAAUGUACAUGACUUGUGCUGAAUAAAACUCUCGUUACUGUCGUUCAUUUUUUUAAAUUUAAUAUAUGACAAACAAUGUAUACAUGUAUAUGAUCAUAAAACAAAGUGAUACUAUGUAGCAGCAAUAAUGUUCAGACAUGUUAUACAAUAUAUGCUAAUAUAUAUUCUUUUUGUGGUUUCCUUUAGAUUAAACAACAAGGGUUAAUAAUAAAAAUUAUCUUUGGUUGUUUAUGAUAGUUGUUGUUUUGUAAACAGGAAAAGACAAACAACAGAGUAGUUAUAAAUAAGUAUGAGUUGCAUAAAGAGGGCAGAAAGCAUACUGGACUUGUUUAUGAAAGUUUAAUGUGUUUCCAUUUUUGUUCAAAUAUAUGAAGUGUAUCAUUGUUUAGGGCUAUUUCUUUUUCAAUUUGAAUCGUCAGUUUAAAAUAAUUGAUAAAACAGUUAAUUUCAGGUAUUUGUUUUCUGUAUUUCAUACUGAAUAUAAAAUAUUUCAUUAAUAUAAUUAUGUAAUUCACGGCGUUAUUAAUCUCUUGUAUUUUGAAGGUAUUUACCCCUAAACUGAUGUCUAAGAGAGAUAGUUUAACAUUUUAUUUGUGUUUCUCUAGAAAGGUUGUCAAUUGAUUCCAUAGAGAUUGAAUAUGUUUACACUCCCAGAAAAAGUGUUUUAUUGUUUCAAUAUGAUCACUACAUAUCAAAUAGAUUUGUGUUGGAUAGGUUGCACUUAAAAAGAUAUUUAUUUGUAGCUAUGAUUCUCUGAAUGAAUUUAUAUUGAACAUUUCUCAGUGUGCUAGCAGAAGCUGAUUUAUAUGGCAUGACGAAUAUUUGUUUCCAAUUAAAUUCUUUUUUUCCAAGAAGGGUUUGCCAUUUAGUUUGCACUUUAGAGGUUUCGGCAGGGAUUUUAAUUUGAAGUGUGUAAAAUAUUUUGUUCGUUUUGUUUCGUUUUGAAGUUACGUUUUCUACGAAUAUUUUUUGAGUACAUGGUGUGUUAUUUGCAUUGGUAACAGCUUUAAUAUGUAAGUGUAUACUUUUGAUCAAUGUGAUUGUGUAGUAUAUCACUAAAUUAUUUGUUGGC